AUGGUUCUAGGCUUGUUAUAUUCCAUUCUAGGCUUCCAACAGACACAUAGCUUUCAUGAGCAGUUACAAAGUUAUGAUAAGGAAAUUAGGUACUAUCAAACCCGACAGAGAAAAUUCAAUGCAAAGGUCCAUUCAGUUCCGUCCAAGAUCAGCCAAAUUAUAUUGAUGUUAGGAGUUGCUGUUUGUGUUCCAAUCUAUAUGUAUAUACCACCUCCGAAUUUAUAUUAUGUGAUGGUUGGAGUGAUGGCUUUGUUUUUAGCUGUAACCUAUUUCAUUAAGAAAGUGGUCAUGAUCUACUACAGUAGUACAUUAUCAUCUUAUAACUAUGAUAUCGAACAAUUAUUAUUGAAACAAAAAGAAAUUUUAGAGGACUUGAAACAAAAGAAUGAUUAUUAUGCAACUCAUGAUUUAAUACAAAAAUAUGAACGAGCGAUUAAUGUUCUUCAAAAGCAUAUUCAACAUAAAAGGAAAAGAUUGCAAAGCACUAACCACAAAAGAAAUUCGAAAAAGAAAGUAUCGCAUCAAAUCAAAGAUGUUAUAUUGGACGAUGAAGAUGACAUGGAAGUUACUGAGGUUUUAAUUGCAAAUUAUCCUUACUUUUCUUAUGAAGUAUUUAAAAAGUAUGCAAAUACACCUGCUGUAUCUUUAGGAUUUCAGGAGCCAGUUCCGCAUACGGCAAUUGAAGAUUCAUCUCCUAAAGAAAUGAAUACCAUUUGUGUGCAAACAGAAUCUUCACUGGCUCAAGAAUCUCAUAUACAGCAAGAGGAAACAAAGAAAUUGUUAAAAGAGAGUAUGACCAAGCUGUUCACAUUAGUGGCCUCACUUAGUAAUCAACAACGAAAAUUGCAACAAAUGCAUGCUAUUAGAAGUAUGCCAGAAGGUUUAUCAAAUGAGAAUGAAUUCUCAACGAGUCGUUCCUCUCGAUUAUCCAUCACGAAUGCUGACAGUAGUAGUAAUCUUCAAAAAAAGUCACACUCUUUUACAUUACGGAAACAAGACAACGAAAAUACAGAGUCAAACAUGCAGGAAGGAAUAUCUAGCUCCUCAACUAUUGGGGAACCACUUGCAUCAACUCCUCAAAGAAAAAGAUCAAACAGUUUUCAUGGAGGCACUCCAAGUAAGGAGUCUUCAUCCACAAACGGAGCCAACAAUACAUUUUCAAGAGAUAGUUCACAGCAAGCUAAUGAAGAGAAUAAUAACGAUUCCAAUAUCAUUACACAUCAACAACAAUUAGAGCAAGAACUCGCAAGACUCAAGCAAAAAGAUUUAGCAUUAAGGGAACGAGAGACAAAAAUCAUCCAAUACGAAAAACAAUUGAAUAGUCUUUCUGCGACUCAGAAUCAACAACCUAUUGGUGCUGACGCCCUCUAUUCGUCAUCUCUGACAGGACGAUAUAAAGUCUAUGUGGAAAACAACAAGACCGGAUUCGUAGAAAAUAAGAAGGAAACCACUAAACCUAACUGGUUUGACCGAUUGUUAGAUAGAAUUGUUGGUCAGUCUCCUGAGACAUGUUAUGCUCUCAUUUGUUCUCAGUGUUGCUCUCAUAAUGGUUUGCUCAUGAUUGAGGAUGCAGAAAAUCAUGCCGGAUACAGAUGUUGGAAUUGUGGUUGUUUAAACAUUAGACAAACAUCAACUGUUGACACUAUCAACGAUAAUGCAAGUACCACCACGAGUGUUGUGACUGAAAUGGAUGAAGAUGACAGAGAAGAAAACCACGAUAAGCAAGAAGAAAGCAUAGAAGAAAGAAAAGAGAGUACCUCUGCAGAAGAACACGUCGACCAUGAAGAACAGAUCGAACUUGACCACGAAUAA